UACAUGCUAGUUUUGAAUAUUUCUUCAUUCAUUCAUACUGUGCUUCAUAUCUCGUCCAAUCUCGCAUCACACAUCCAACAACUAGUCCAUACAAGAACGGCAUGGAUAUUACCACAGUACUUGCAAGUCCCCAAAUUCAAGAUUUACCUGAACCAAGACUUUUGACCACUCAUGAAGCUUCACUAUCAUUGAACCUAUCAACACGACUCUCCCCUCUAUCAUCCAGAAUACCACCGCCCUUGACACUCCUGCAUCAUCUAUACCUUCAUCUGCACAUCAACCCUUCUCACGCGUACACUCGCCACAUCGAACAUAACCCUCAAAACCACCCCCACCGCCAUGGAACCAAUUCCACAACCCGAAAGAGUUUUCACAACACCAAGACCAAUUAUCACCACCUCCCUGCAUCGUACCUGCCGGAGAUCUAUUCCACUGCCACUCCAGCGGACAUUCUCCGCCGACUCCCCACCCACGCUCCUGAUCACGAGCCCCCUCAACUCCGCCUCACCCGUCCAUUCAUUCCCUCCCCCAUAAACUCCCCAAUUGGAUUUGAUUCCAACCCAACGCAAUCUCACCUCACCUCACCUCAGAAACCAAACCAACCAACCAACCAACCGGCCGCAGCAGCAGCAGCAGCAGAGCAUUACGCACCCCAGCUUGCCCUGCAUACAUACCUAGGUACCUAUGCAUCGAUCACGGAGUCUCAAGUCCGGCCACUCUCUCAAAGCUGGGAAUCCUCCCUCCCUAUGUUUCGAAUGCACUACUGUGGGGGGUAGGCAGGCAGGCACCGAUCCCAUCCUAUCUGAAAACCGCAUGCAUGCAUAUGUCUCAUUCGCCUUCACCCCAGAUCCAACACUCCAAUCCAAUACCUACGAAUAGAAGCCUUGCCUCACUCAGUUCGCGAUUUACUGCAUCUGCCU